GUUCCCCAAAACACGCUGCACCUCUUCCCCUAAGUUGGCAAAAUCAACGAGAUAUUUUCCACCAAUUCAAAACAAACUAGUCGUUAGCCCGUGGAAAAUCCACGGGUUCGCCCGACCUUUUUAUACCGCAUUGCGUGGUUCUCGCUACUGCGCAGCUAAGCUACCAUUUUGCGUGACAGACAGACGGACAGACGUAUACGGAUAUUAUAAUAUAGAUAUAGAAAUUUACUUGCUAUGUAUUUUUACCAUUUCGACGUGCAAAUUAUACAAUAAGAGUUUUAACCCUAAGCUAGUAGUGCGUCUUUUACCAGGAUUACAGUAUUACUUAUGUCCCAAUAAGUUUAAUUUAUAUGUUUUAGCUGUUUGGAAACAAUUUAUCAUACAUUCCAACGUGGCAACUACACUAGACUUACCCUAUGACUAUUACAGUAUUAUGCACUACGGAAAGUAAGUACUAUAAUAUUCAUGAAAAAAAGGAAAUGGAAUUACCUGACUUAAGAGUUUAGUUACCAAUUUUGUUCCCCUAAUCGUGUUUUAAUAACAUAAAGUUUCGUUUACAAUAUCUUACUUACAGCACUGCUUGGGCUAAAGAAGAAGGCCGUAUAACAGUACGCGCAAAGAGCAGAUCAGAUAUUUCACUCGGAGGUGACUAUAUGUCUGAUACUGACAUUCUACAACUUAACAUUUACUACAGUUGUCCUAUCACAGUAAAACCAGAGCAAAAAUCUAAAACAAACAAUUCUACAAUAAUUUCCAAAAUCUUAAGCACGUCUACCACAACAAAACAUUCUACAACCACAACUACAACAAAACCCACUAUAACCACAACCACAAAAAAACCUAAUACAACCACAACAAAAAGGCUUACUACUACUACAACCACAACAAAACCUACUACUACCACAACCGCAACAAAACCUACUACAACCACAACUACAACAAAACCUACUACCACCACAGCCACAACAAGACCUACUACUACUACAACCACAACAAAACUGACUACAACUACAACCACAACAAAAACCACUACAACCACAACUACAACAAAACCUACUAUAACCACAACCACAAAAAAACCUACUACAACCACAACAAAAAGUCUUACUACUACUACAACUACAACAAAACCUACUACUACCACAACCACAACAAAACCUACUACUACAACCACAACUACAACAAAACCUACUACCACCACAGCCACAACAAGACCUACUACUACUACAACCACAACAAAACUGACUACAACUACAACAACAACAAAACCUCCUACAACAACAACCACAACAAUACCUACUACUACUACAACUACAACAAAACCUACUACUACCACAACCACAACAAAACCUACUACAACCACAACUACAACAAAACCUACUACAACAACAACCACAACAAAACCUACUACUACUACAACCACAACAAAACCUACUACAACCACAACUACAACAAAACCUACUAUAACCACAACUACAACAAAACCUACUAUAUCAACAACCACAACAAAACCUACUACUACUACAACCACAACAAAACCUACUACAACCACAACUACAACAAAACCUACUAUAACCACAACUGCAAGAAGAUCUACUACAACCACAACAAAAAGGCCUACUACUACUACAACUACAACAAAACCUACUACUACCACAACCACAACAAAACCCACUAUAACCACAACCACAAAAAAACCUACUACAACCACAACAAAAAGGCCUACUACUACUACAACCACAACAAAACCUACUACAACCACAACCACAACUACAACAAAACCUACUACUACAACAACCACAACAAAACGUACUACAACCACACCUACAACAAAACCUACUACAACCACAACCACAACAAAACCUACUACUAAUACAACCACAACAAAACCUACUACAACCACAACUACAACAAAACCUACUAUAACCACAACUGCAAGAAGAUCUACUACUACUACAACCACAACAAAACCUACUUCAACCACAACUACAACAAAACCUACUAUAACCACAACUGCAAGAAGAUCUACUACUACUACAACCACAACAAAACUUACUACAACUACAACAACAACAAAACCUCCUACAACCACAGUCACCACAAAACCCACUAUAACCACAACCACAAAAAAACCUACUACAACCACAACAAAAAGGCCUACUACUACUACAACCACAACAAAACCUACUUCAACCACAACUACAACAAAACCUACUACAACAACAACUACAACAAAAUCCACUACAACCACAACCACAACAAAACUUUCUACUACAACCACAACAACAACAGCAGGAUCUACUAUCACGAUGCAGAAAACAAGAAAACCCAUUACAACUACAUCUAUAACUACAGGAAUAACGAGAACAUCGAGUACCUUAUCCUUUUGCAAAGACGAGAGUGAAGACUGUGAAAGCCUAACUUCUUUGUGUGCUACCACAAACUUACGCUGGUAUACAUACAUACAAAGAAACUGUCGAAGAACGUGCUCAAAGACUAGAGAUUACCUCUCAAAAUACGCUUGUCUGUUCUAUUACGCAAAUGGCCUGUGUGUUUUGAAUGGUGAAAAAAGCAUAGAGCAGUAUGUCGAAAAAAAUUGUCCCGAAACUUGCGGCUUUAAGUCGAAAUAUAAUUUUUGUAAAAGUGACGAAGACGAUUAGCAUAGUUGCAUAAUCCUUUUUUCUUAUUUUCUUUAUUUUGAAUGCAUUAUUUAUUCAUAUCCGUUGUGAUACAUGUAUUUGUUAUUAAGAAACUCUGUUGAUUUUGCAAGCACCCAGUGCCUCACUAUUUUUAUUCAUAUUAUUUUCGUGUUUCUUAUGUUCUGUAUUAUAGCUGUACGUAC